AUGACGACUUCAAGAAGCCGAAUACUACCAGUGCGACGACUGGAAGGCUGGCUCUGCAUGCUGGCCGCACUAAUGCUGAUGAACGCUGGCGUUGGCGAAGGUUUGCCUUUCGCAGACCCACCGCCGUCGCCGCCUCCACACAUGGCGGACAGCUCCCUGGACCUACCAAUCAACCCCACAAUUGCCACAACCAUCGUCGUCGCCCCAACCACCACCACCGGGCUGCCGGAACCCGAGAGUCCUGACCGCACGAACGCGGACAACCCGAAUUCGUGGUAUCGCUUUACCCAGCGGUUUGACAUUUUGCCGCUCGUGAUUGUGUUAGCCAUCAUUGUGACAUGCAUCCCAUCUGUCGGGCGCAUCGACUUGAGGUAUAAUCGAACACCCGCCCAGCUGUUUGGGUACACGGGACUUCCGAACAGCGACGACAACAACAACAACAACAACAACAGCAACAGCAGCAACAACAACGCCAACGACGACAACUUUGACAGGGAUUUCCCCUCUACCCAGCAACUGGCGGCUGCCAGGACACCCGUGCCCCAGCCCCGUCUUGCCAGGCUGUGGGAUAAGCACGUUGCCCCGCUUGUCGAUGCCCUGACGGCGAAAGUCUGGCAGACCACGCUCGGUGCGCGUUGGCGACGGUCGUCUCUGAGCAGCGUUGACAGCGGCGACUCUGACGCCUCGCACGACACGGCCCACACCUCUGUUGGUGAUGAUGAUGAUGAUGAUGCUGGUGAUGGUACUGGCGAUGCGUUCGACGAUGCGGUUGACGGCCGGCCCGAGAUGCAAGAGAUUGCUUCGCGAGCAAGCGGGCAAGGGAUGAACGCGUGCCAACAAGCGCGGGAGGAAAUUCCGCGCACGCCCUUGGAGGCUAUUUUCGCCCGCGCCACGGCGCCCGUUUCUUCCUUGCAUUCUUCCGAGAGUCACGACAGUGAGCUCUUCCCGAUGGCAGCAGCACACCCACAGGUUUACCGGCUAAACCCGAGCGCGAGCCUGGUUUUCGGCCAUUCUGGGUGUUCUUCCAAGCCCGUCGAUGCGCCAGCUUCGCUCGGGCAGCUCCUCUACACUGGAGCACCUACUCAAGUGGAUCUCACACGCACGCCAUCCAAGUGA